CUAUAAGUGCUGUACCUAUAAGCACUCAAAGAAUGCCACGUGUCGAUCUUUUCAAUGCCGGCCUUCAAAGAGCCUGGACUCAGACCUGGUUUUGGAUAAUUUUUACGUAUUUAAAACGUGAUGGAGAAGAAAGUGCAUUUAGCCAUUUGCAUUUGGAUUAUUUUGACGUCGGGUGUGUUAAAAAUUCAAGCAAGGAGCAUUUCCAACAGAAAUAGGGCAACCGACCUUGAACCCGCCAACUAUGUCGUUCUGUGGUUCAACACAAAGUUGUCUACAGAAUACUUAUCGACACAGAGGGACUGGAUUAUUUCCUUCAUUGAUGAUAUUGCGGAUGGAAGCCACGUCGACAUCUUCUUUUUCAACGUUUUAACUACUCAGCUCGUUCUGAGCUACACUAAACAAGCUUGGAUCGACUCACAUAAAGAUGACUUACUGCAACUGAAUUUAGAUACAAUAAAUGCAAGGAAGUUGGUAUCCUCUCCGGCUAUUGAAAAAACCAUAGAUCAAUGGUACUCAAAAGUGUACGAUAAUGGUCUUCCAAAGAUUGCCAUUUUUCUUGUUUCGUCUGAGGCUUUACUUCAAGUCGAGCUGGAUAAUCUCUUGGUCAAGACUUUUGUAGUAACGACUAAAGAUGAAAAGCUAAUUGAUGAUGGAUGGACGUCCCUUGCUACCGACAUGGACCACUUUCUGGACAUGGACAAUAAGAAAGAGUUGUACCAGUUGUUAACAAUAGAUACACACAUGCGAUGCGAAACCGACCAGUAUUAUAACGACAAUAUGUGCAAAUAUUGCUCUGAUCUGAACUGUAAACGCACGGAAGAUGGCAGGAUUUUGUGCGAAACCAAUAGUGAUGCCACAAGAGAUUGCAUUUAUUGGAGACCAGACGUUGGAAGUAAAGAAGAUUCAUCUAAAACAACAAUUGAAUCAUAUAGUACUGGAGACUUAACUAUGCUCGGAACCACUGUUGGAGUGGAAGUAAUUACAAAACCACACGUUCUUAAAAACAUUAUUAUGGCUGGAACAAUUGUUCAAACGACGACUCAAAUUUAUACGCGGGAUCUACACUUUGCUUUUAUCGUCUUGUUAUCCAUAGGAACCGCUGUUGUAUUUGCCUUAUUUAUGGCAACAAUAUAUAACAGACUUUUGCAGAGCAGGACUAUUCCACCUGUGGCACAUGUUGCGAGGUCCUUGUGGAGUUCAAUAGGGACUCUAGGAAGUAAGAAUUCAGCUAUCAACCAGCCAACACCAGCCACAAGAAUGCGCCCUCAACCUUCUGCUCCUCCGGAAGACCAAUUAUCAAUUGACCGAAGAAGCAUUACUUCCUCACUAGUCACCAGACAAUAUUCGCCAUCUGAAUAUUCUGAUGGUGGGAAUAAUUGUGCUCUUCCUCAUAGACCAGGUUCAGGUGUUGCCCACAACGAUAAGGAGGGGCGCAAAAACUCGGAUCAAGAAAAUGAAGACAAUGAAGACACUGACAGUGAGAAUGGAACUUCUGAGGAUGAGCAGGAAAGACGUCGUUUAUUAGAAAACGAGAGGUCUGACGAAAUAGGUGAAGACGAAGAUUCUUCACUCGAUGAUUUAAAGCAUAAAGAAAACGACGUAUGGACUGACAAGCCGUUCCGUGACAUUCACAACAGUCUAUGUGUGCAACAUAAAGGUUUAGAAACAGAAACGGGAGACAAUGGACAAAACACAGAAGAAUCGACGGAGGAUACUUCUGUUAAACGUGUUCACAUGCAAAAAAGAGUGAAUGAAGAAAAACCAAAAGAAUCGACGGAGGGGACCUCUGUGAAACGUGUACACAUGCGAAAAAGAGUGAAUGAAGAAAAACCAGAAAAAUCGACGGAGGGGACUUCUGUUAAACGUGUACACAUGCGAAAAAGAGUAAAUGAAGAAAAACCAAAAGAAUCGACGGAGGAGACUUCUGUUAAACGUGUACACAUGCCAAAAAGAGUGAAUGAAGAAAACACAGAAGAAUCGACAGAGGAGCCUUCUGUUAAACGUGUACACAUGCAUAAAGGAGUACAUGAACAAAAUACAGAAGAAUCGACGGAGGAGAAUGAUGUUGAAAGAUUGGCCAUGCUGAAAGAAGUCCAUGAACAAAACACAGAAGAAUCGUCAGAGGAGACUGAUGUUAAAAGUUUGGAUAUGCUGAAUGAAGUCAAUGAACAAAACACAGAAGAAUCGUCAGAGGAGACAGCUGUUAAAAGUUUAGACAUGCAUGAAGAAGUCAAUGAACGAAACACAGAAGACUCGCCAGAGGAGACUGUGGUUAAAUGUUUAGAUAAGCUUCCAGUACAAGCAACUUGUUAGUUGGUUACGUAUUUUGAAAGUGUCUUUACUACCAUGAGGGUAUGUUUUAACUUUUAAGUGAUUUAGAAAAUUUAGAACACAUUGUAGUUAAUAUAGUAAUGUAGAAUAUUUUGGUUCACAGUAGUUAUUAAUGUCAGAUGUUUUGGCACCAGUGAGCCUGACUAACAUAUGUAAUAGACAGGCACAUAUUCACUAAUGUCUGGAGUCUGAGUUUGUGACACACACUUAGAAAAGCAAAUUUUAAUUUUUUAACUAGAAAAUGAAGUCUUUUGAAACAUUUUAAAACCUAGUUUUCUGAGCCUGGGUUCCAACCUCAGACGUAAGAUGUAAGUGAAUAUAGGCCAAUUGAUUAGUCGCCGAAGCAAUUGUUAGCCUCAACUGAUCAGUCGCCGAAGCAAUUGUUGUCGAGAUCAUUUUGUGCAAGUUUGUAUAUCAACUAUUUAAUUUAACUAUGUGCUUUCAUUUAUUUAAAACAAUCCGUGAUCCUGCGUUUGGUCAACUGGGUGCUUGAAUGAGACUUGGCGAGGUCAACUGAUUGCUUGAAUGACAACUGGCGAGGUCAACUGAUUGCUUGAAUGACAACUGGCGAGGUCAACUGAUUGCUUGAAUGACAACUGGCUACUGGUCAGUUCAAGAUUAAUAUUUUGAUACUACGAAUCUCUCAUCCAUAACCUGUUAAGAAUCUCUUGAAAUUGUUUUGCCGCCUUAUUUUAAAUAUUGUAUUUUGUACCACAUUGGAUAUAUUGCAUAUAAUCUUUGUUUUCGUUACUUCUUAAAUUUGCAUAUAUACACGGAAACAGGUCAUGAGGGAUCAUACUGUUCAACAACAACAGCAGCAAUAAUAACAUUCUUAACGAUAAUAAGUUUUAUUGCGUUGAGGCAAACCUGCAUAUCAUACAUUAAACACUAGUCAUAGAGCAUACAGAACUUGUUAAAAAAACAAGAAAAGGAAAGCAUACCAAAUACACAUAUACUAUUAGUGAUGAAAAUAAUAGUGAAUGUAAACAAAAAUGUGAAUUAAAUAUUAACGAUGCACUCUUACUACCAAAUGAGAUUUACCACAAUUAAUACUAUUGUUUAAAUAUUCAAUAUAAAUGUCGUAAACAAUGGUUCUUAUGAAGGAUACUUAGUUUAAUUUGGAAGAACGGUGCAUAAAACACGGUAUUUCCACCUAAUGAGACUAUUAUAGUAGACCACAGUAAAUCUUUUAGCAUUCACCUAUCAUUUAAUAUUUUUGCGCUUUCUACAAGCACAGUUACAAUCUUGCUAUCAGUAGUUAAUAUUUUCCAUAAAUGCAUUAUGCAUUAUUUAGUAAGUUGUUAAUGGUUUAUCAGUCAAAAUUGAUUUUUGUUAUACAUGUGUAUGUAUUGAUUUUGAGUAAGAGUGUCACUUUAAUGAAUAGUGUGAUUUGAUAACACAAGAGGUCAUUCGGAACUCCUCGGCCAUUUUAUCGAAAACAACGUCGGAUGUAUUUGGACGGUUUACAUACUUAAAAAGUGGUACGUUUAAGUCCGCUGCAAAUAUAUCGCGUAGUAAUUUUAUUUAGAAGUUAAACUUUAUGACUUAACUCUUGGGAAUCUUAAUUAUGUUUGGAAUAAAACACUUCACUUGCAAUCCAUUUAAACCAAGAUCAAUGCAUACAACUCUUAAACACUACAUUUAAUUAAUGAUAUUAUUCAAAAAAUUACGAACUACUUCAACUGAUGUACCGGCAUACGUCCGAGGUUGUUUUCGAUAAAAUGGCCGAGGAGUUCCGAAUGACAAGUGGUGUUCAAGCAAUAGGGUACUUUGAAGUUUGAGUGUAUCCACACCCUACAAUAAACAGCUAGCGUGCAGAUAAUUGACAAUGAUAAUUCAAUAUAGGCAUACCUGCACACAUUCAACGACUUUCUUGACAACAUGGUACAAAACAGUUACUGCACAUACUUCCUUAGAAAUUGAGUUCAUACACUAUCUCCGUUUUACACUUGACUAUAAGUACAAUACUUUUGUUUUGGUAACAGUAACUACUACCUUUAAAGCUGCACUCUCACAGAUAUACCAUUUUUUACAACUUUUUUAUUUUUGGUCUUGAAAAUAGCAAAUUUUUGCGUAAAUACUUGCAAACCAAUGAUAUAAGAUUGCUGACAAAAAAUCAGAUCGAAGAUUUUCAUAUUUCAGUUCGAAAAUUAAUGUUUAAUGGCUUAAACCGUUACUAACGGUUUAGGAAAAUGCAUAAAACAUCAAUUUUUGAACUUAAAUAUAAAAAUCUGCGAUCUAAUUUUUUGUCAGCAGUCUUAUAUAACUGGUUUCCAUUGGUUUUCGCAAAAAAUGGCUCGUUCCAAGACAAAAAAUAAAAAGGUUGUCAAAACGUUCAAUCUGUGAGAGUGCAGCUUUAACAUGAAACAUAAACUACAUUAUUGUUGUCUUCAGGAUUGCUUUUGCACUUAUUCAAGAGACACACCAGAGUUGCCAAAAACAAAGAAUUAUUUUGUGAACAAUGUUUUACAAUGUGCAGGUUUUUGCUAGCAUCAUAUAACGUGUGAUUUUUACAAUGAAAUUGUGUGUGUAUAUAACAGGUAUUCCAAAAUCUUUUUUUCUUCAUCCGCUUUUUAAUUCAGAUGUUGGAUAAUGUUCUUUCUUUUACCCUUUCUUGAUUUAUUUAGAACUGUUAUAAAAUAAAAUGUAUUUUAUUAAGUUGUUGUUGUUUUAUUUUCAAUGCAUAGUGCGUACAAUAUUCAUUAUCUGUAAAAUGUAAUGAAACAUAUUUUCACUUUUCUAAAGCAAGGAUAGUAGUAAAAUUGAACCGGAUGUCUGAUCGUCAAUGACACGCAUUUCACUUCGCAGAAUAAACACGUCAUAUAAUAGUAACC